CAAAAUCAGGACUUCAGAUUUUAAGGCCCGCUAAACAGCUCUGCGCAUGCUCAACAUCAAGGGGGCUAAUACACACGUGCUUACGGCUGGCCGCAGCGCCUGCGUCGUAGCAGCCUGGAGUCGAUCUCCGUAGGACGUUUUUCGCAUCUCGACUCCUGUCCGCGCGAGCCCGUUUGUGUUGUGUCCUGUGCACAAGCCUUGCAAGCGUCGGCGCCAUGACUCUGACCUCCAGCGUACGAGCUGAAUGGAUUGCAGCAGUUACCCUUGCUGCUGGGACAGCUGCAAUUGGUUAUCUAGUUUACAAGAGAUUUUAUGUUAAAGAUCACCGUAGUAAAUCUAUGGUAAACCUUCACAUCCAGAAAGACAACCCUAAGAUAGUACAUGCCUUUGACGUGGAGGAUUUGGGAGACAAAGCUGUGUACUGCCGUUGUUGGAGAUCCAAAAAGUUCCCAUUCUGUGAUGGAGCUCACACAAAACACAAUGAAGAAACUGGAGACAACGUGGGACCUCUGAUCAUUAAGAAAAAAGAAACUUAAGUGGACAGUUUUGAUGCUGCAAACCAGCUUGUCAUGAUGUUACCUGAUUGUUUAGUUAGAAUGAUUACCACUUCUGUCUGAUUCACCUCCCCUGGGUUCUAGAUGUGGUAUACGGCAAACUGCAGCUUUCAUAUUCACAGCAUUUGCCUUACUUGUUGAACCAUUGUGGUGCACAUUUGUUAAAAAAAAAAAAAAACAGAAAAAGUAAAAACCAACCUCAUGGCCUGUGCGUUAUUUUGGUCGUAAAAGGAUCCGUUUCUUUACAUUUAAAAUAAUGACACUAGAAUACAGUUGGAUGUUGAAGUUAAUGUAUUAUUAUCAAAAUCAUGUAUAUGUAGAUUGUUUUAAGUUUCAAAGAAAAAUUAUCACCUUAUAAUAUUACAGUUAACCUAAAAAGAAAGUCAGUGUAAUUAAGCUACAUUAAUCACUUAAUGCAAUAUAGGAAAAACCUGUUAUGACCUUGAUUUUCUUGACAGUAGUAAUGACACUGAGAAAAUCUAACUUCUGGGUUUUCACAGUUUUCAACCAAAUAAAGUUUGAAUGUUAUUCUUCUUACUUAUAAGUGGACAAAGUCAAUAAUAAAGAGAUAGUAACUUCUUUGUAUUCAUCUUCCUGGACAUCAGAUCGAUUGAUUAAAAGAACCAAUACUGGAAAUUACAGAUCAAAGUGAUAUUAGAUUUAAAGUAGUCAUGAAGGAAGUCUUAAAAUGUAAUAUUCAGAAUUCUAGCCUAGGGACAUUGAAGCAGAAAGCCACAUGUCCAUGACAAAUAGUAGCCAUUGGACCAAAGGCAUGGGGAGAUUUUUAUUUCCCACUUUCAGUAAUCAGGCAUGUGACUAAUUCUAGCAAAGAAACUAUUUGGGGGAGAAAAUAGAAAUUAGAUCGUCCUUUAAAUUAUAUAAUCUUUUUCUUAAAAGCUAAAUUUGAAGUGUUUAUAUAAUUUCAAAAACUCAGACCAGAAACAUUGCAUUCCUUACUGAUUCAGAAAAAAGUGUGAAAACUGAAAAUAAUGAGGAGCAAUAAAAUAAUUAAGACAGAAGUAGUAAAUAUAUAUUUUUUAAAGCUUAGUUUUUUGGAUUUUAUGAGUUAGGAGAAAAAUUAUGACUCUCUCUCUCUAUAUAUAUAUAGGAGCAAUUUGAAAUUGACAAAGGUAACAGGUAAACAUUCUCAUCAUUUCCUUUAGUAUAUACUUGAAUUUCUCAGUAGUAGUUAAUCACAAGUUUCUACUUGCCAAGAUCCAGAAUUACCUUGGAAGUCACAGGGAUAAAUGAAAACUACAGCAUUCCUUUAUUGUGUGUGAUUGCUCAUAUUAAGUGUAUAGUUUUGUGUAUUACAGUAGAUAAAGUUGAUACCAAAACUAUGUCUACUGGUUUUAAGUAGCCCAUGAGACUCAGCCAUGUGUUUAAAACUAUACAAAACCUGAUUCUACUUACCAGAUUCCUAAGGUGAAUAUUUUCCAUGCCCUUUCCCCCUUUUAAAAAUAAUUAUGAAUGGGACAGCAAAAGAGAGCAUUAUGCUUUUAAAGGUUAAUUGUUUUAAAGAAAAAUCCAUGAACUCCUAAAGUUUCUGAUAAAGAGACAUCCUUUUAGCAAACUAAAUGAACUUAAUUUUGAAUUUGUUAUUAUUAGCCAUGCAUUUUUAUAGCUAGUGGAGGGGGAAAGAAAAGUGCCAAUUCAAAACUAUCUUUGAAAUGUGUAAGAGUGUAUGGGUUUGCAUAUUUUGAUGAAUCUGGAAAUGAUCACCUAACUGAAAUGCAACGUACUGUAGCAUUUUUGAUAGUCAAAUAAUUAGAUAAAUGUUUUCCCUGGGUCAUGUUAAAAUUGUAUUACAUGCUUUUGAACUAUAUUUCCUUCAAGAUACUCAAACUUUUUCAUGUUACUUUAAUUAACCUAAAAAGUAAAGUGGGUAUACUUACAUUAA